AUGGUGUAUAAAUGGUGUGUAGUGCCACAAUGUACUAAUACGACUAUAAGUAGUCCACACAAACUGUUUGUUUCUGUUCCAACGAAUCCCAAAAGACGAAAAAUGUGGUUACGAUUAGCUCGAAGAGACCCAAAGAGCAUUUUAGCUCAUACCAAUGUUUUUAUGUGUGAAGAUCAUUUUAAUAUGGAAAAGGACACAAUUAACUACUUGAAGUACAAAAUGGGCUUCAGUCAGAAGAUACUUUUGGCAGAUGAGGCUGUGCCAACUAAAUUUCAUUGUCAAGAGGAUCGUAGAAGUCUGCUACCUGAUGCUGGACCUUCUCGAGAAGUUUUCUUUAAAAGGCAAAGAAUUGAUAUUGUCACAGAAUGUCUGCGAAGACAUAGUACUACAACCCAUACAGAAAGCUUACAAAAUGAUGAUAUGAUACAAGAAAUCAUUGAGCCUAAAGGUUAUGUUAUCUAUAUAAUACAAAUGAGCAAGGCUGUGCAAACUACAUGCCAAAAUAAAAGUAUUUCUACCUCACCAUGGAAAGUUUCUACAAUAUCUCAUUUCACUUCACCAAUUAAUAUUAAACCAUGCCAUCUUCAACCAUUAAAGUCAGAGGUUGUUAAAGCAGUUAAGAGAAAUAUUUUCCUUGUAGAUGAAAAAUCUGAUAGUGAUAUUUCUUGUUUUGAAAGUGGUCUUUUAUCACCUUUUGGAGCUACAUCAGUAAAGGUUACUGACUCUGAUAGUAAUGUUACAGAUACCAAUGAGAAUAUUGAAAAAUUACAGUGCCUCAAAAAUACUUUGCGUUUAAUUGAAAAGAAACCAUUGAUGUAUAUUGGUAUUUCCAAAGAAUGUUAUUUUUUAAUUGAGUUGUUGCAUAGACACACAAAUAUAAAUAGAGAACAUAUUUUGCUAUGCUUGAAAAAAAUUAGAUUAAACAGCACAUUUUCUGAACUCGAGGAUAAUUUUGGUAUAUCAUUAUCUUAUGCCAGUAAAUUAUUUUUAAGAAACUUACCAAUAAUAAGUAGUUUUUUAAAACCAUUCAUUGUAAACUUAGACAAAAAUUUAAUAAAAAGGAAUCUUCCUAUUGCAUUUAGACAUAACUAUCAUAAUGUAAGCUGCAUCAUCGAUUGUCUAGAAAUUGAUAUACAAAAACCAUCAAAGGCUCUUCAUCAGGCUCUGACAUGGUCAGAGUACAAAAAGGGGAAUACUGUGAAGUAUUUAAUAUCAUGCACACCUAAUGGUUUGGUUAAUUAUGUUUCUCAAGGGUUUGGGGGUAGAGCAAGUGAUGUUACCAUAGUAGAGAACUGUAACUUUCUAGAUGGAUUACAACAGGGAACUUGCAUCUUAGCUGACAGAGGCUUCAAGCACCUUGAACAGAUACUUCAUGAAAAGGGCAUAAAACUAUUAAGGCCACCCAGUGUAAAUGCUGGUGCAAAGUUAUCAAAAACUGAAGUUCGACAAACUAAAAUUAUCGCUAGCUUGCGAAUUCAUAUUGAAAGGGUAAUUAGGCGAGUAAGAGAAUUCCAUAUGCUAAAGCAACAUUCAGUGAUAAAUACUGACAUAUGUCGUGUACUUGAUCAUGUCAUUAUUAUUGCAUGUGCUCUAAUAAAUUUGCAGGAUUCUCUUAUUAAAUAA